UAAUUUACGUAUACCCCUUCCCCAACCUUUUUCCUUACCAUCUCCAACCUUUUCCCUUCCAUCUUACAAUCUCAGCAAACAUGUCGGAUUCUAACGCUAAGUCUAAUUUUCAAAGCAUGCGGGAAUGGAUCGUUGAGCAUAAGCUUCGCGCUGUUGGGACUUUAUGGUUGAGCGGUAUUGCUGGAUCGAUCGCUUACAAUUGGUCUCAGCCCGGCAUGAAAACCAGCGUUAGGAUCAUUCACGCAAGGUUGCAUGCACAGGCUCUCACACUGGCAGCAUUAGCUGGAGCUGCGGUUGUUGAGUACUAUGAUCACAAAUCAGGCGCAAAGUCAGAACGAUAUGCCAAGUUCCUCCCCCCUGUUGAUUCCUACUCUCACAAAGACUAAAUGGAAUCUCUAAUUCGUUAUCGUUCAUCCAAUGUUUGGAUACUUGAUUAUUCCUUUUGUAGAUUUUCAUAAUUGUGUUUCAUAGCAUCUUACAUGAAUAUUUUGCAUUUGGAGUUUUCGUCAAAGAAAUAUCACUUGUUUCCGCUCUCUGAAUUUUGGUAAAUAACUCCACCUCCUGGUGGGAUAUACUCAUUUCGUUUCGUUUGGUUUGGUUGUUGAAUUAUGUGGUUAUUCAUCAA